CUUUAACGGCGUAGCGUUUGUAUUUAUAAAAAGGCGGAGUCCGGCGCUCAGGACAGAAAGAAAUAAACGGAGGCGCGGCAGCGUGAGGAGGAACACGGACAGUCACGGAAGACACGCGCUCUUUACCUGCGUAUCUGAAGAAUUAGAGGUUCUUGUCCAGCUCAGUGGUGAGCUGCCUGUGUGUUCCUCACGAUGUUUGUGGUGUUGCAAGCGUGUUUGUUGGUGGUGGUUUGUUCUUUGAGCAUUUCUGCCUCUCAGUCCUCGUCUUACGGAGAGCGAGGCUCUGAUCUCGGCCUGCAGGUGUUUUUGCGUGUGGUCCAGGACAAACCGCAGGAGAAUGUGGUCAUGUCGCCUCACGGCGUGGCCUCCAUCCUGGGCAUGCUGCUCCCAGGGGCCCACGGGGACACUCGCCGACAGCUGCUCACGGGCCUCAAAUACAAGAAGACGGGUCCAUAUAAGAUGCUACGAAAGUUGCAUAAGGCCCUGACGACCAAAUCCAACGCUGAUAUUGUGACGAUCGCCAAUGCGCUGUUCCCCAAUAAGGGCUUCAGCAUGAAGGAAGACUUCCUGACAGCCAACAGGGAGAACUUCAUGUGCGAGAGUCAAACUGUUGACUACAGCGAUCCAGACAAGGCUGCAGAAACCAUUAAUGAAUGGGUGAAGAACAGCACCAAAGGCCAUAUUCCCAGUCUUGUCAAUGCAGAUAUGUUUGAUCCAGCUAUGACUCGAUUGGUGGCUGUAAAUUCCAUUUACUUCAAAGGCCUUUGGAAGUCCCGUUUCCAAGCCCAGAACACCAAACCCAGGAACUUUAAUGCAGGAGACGGAAAGACGUACAAAGUUCCCAUGAUGUCCCAACUCUCUGUCUUUAACAUAGGUCAAGCAAGCACUCCAGAAGGUUUGAAGUAUACAGUGAUCGAGCUGCCGUAUCACGGCAACAGCAUGAGCAUGUUUAUUGCAUUGCCGUCAGAAGAGGCCACGCCCCUCUCAUCCGUCUUGCCACACAUCUCUACAGCGACUGUACAAAGCUGGACCAAACAGCUGGUUCAGAGGAGGAUGCGCCUCCUGAUGCCAAAAUUCACAGCCGAGGAAGAGGUGGAUUUGGAGGCUCCUCUCACAGCGAUGGGAAUCAAAGACAUCUUCAGUCAGACCAAAGCUGACUUCAGACACCUGAGUUCAGAGUCUGUCUAUGUGUCCAAAGCACUUCAGAAAGCCAAGAUAGAAGUCAAUGAGGAUGGAACUAAAGCCUCUGCAGCCACCACUGCAAUCUUGCACGCCCGAUCUUCUCCUCCAUGGGUGACUGUGGACAGACCGUUCCUGUUUCUCAUCAGACACAAUCCUACAGGAACUAUUUUGUUUGCUGGCCAGAUCAACAAACCUUGAGCCAGAGAUGAGAGGAGAUUCAACACACACACACACACAAACAAGCAAACACACACACACACAGAUGAAUAUAUUAAACUUUUGUCUUGGACUGCGUGUUCUUUAUUCACUCCAUUUCUCAAGUGUCUUUUUACCCUAAUUUUGACUUUGUCUUUGUAUUAAGUCUCUGUUAUCUUUAUAUUCUCGAGGAGCCUUUUAUAAGAUUUUAUACACCGUUUAUAAUUUGUCUAAUGCCAACUUUAUCACAGAAUGUGUGCAACUUUUUGUUUGACUUUACCGGAGAUAACUCUUUUGUCCUUAAUGUCAGUUUAUUUUCCUGCAUUGAGUCUUAUUUUAUUAAAUAAGGUACUUAAACUCGUUUACCUGUUUAUUUGUUUUGUUUUGUUAUUUUCAAACUAUUUAAUAAAAUAUAUUCAAGUUA